CAGUGGCGGCGGAGUAAUUUGUUGAUAUCGAGCUUGGUUUGUAUUCAUUUACACUUUAAUAUUCCCCCGCGAACUAAAACCCCCAGCGUGGGGCUUUUAUUUGCAUCGGGCAGCAGAGUCCACCACAUCUUCAUCUAUGUGACGGGCUGAUGGAAGACACAAGGGAUUUGGCUGAACGCACCCAACGUUCAGAGCGGAAGCGGAGAGACUCAUUCGGGAUGUUUGAUGGCUACGACAGCUGCAGUGAGGAGUCCACCAGCAGCUCCAGCUCAGAGGACAGCGAGGAUGAGGUGGUGCCCUCCAUCCCCGCCAGCCUGCCCAUCAUCAAGAACAAUGGUCAGGUCUACACCUACCCCGACGGCAAAGCCGGGAUGGCCACCUGCGAGAUGUGUGGAAUGGUUGGAGUACGAGAUGCUUUUUAUUCCAAAACCAAGCGUUUCUGCAGCGUGUCUUGUUCCAGGAGUUAUUCCUCAAAUUCUAAAAAAGCUAGCAUCUUGGCAAGACUCCAGGGCAAACCUCCCACGAAAAAGGCAAAGGUCCUACAGAAACAGCCUCUCAUGGCAAAGCUGGCAGCUUACGCUCAGUACCAAGCAAGUCAACAGAACCAGGCCAAGUCAAAAGCUGUUGUCCCUGCAGAGAACUUUGACUGGGGGAAGUACAUCUGUAGCAAUAACACGGUCGGAGCGCCCGUUAGCUGUUUCAAGCACGCCCCGAUGGGAACGUGCUGGGGAGACAUAGAAGAAGGCGUGAGGAUUGAAGUGCCCAACUCUGACACCAACCUCUCUGCAAAGGUGUACUGGAUAGCAGAGAUCAUAAAGCUAGCAGGGUUCAAGGCCCUCCUGCGGUACGAGGGCUUCGACGGCGACGGCAGCAAAGACUUCUGGUGUAACCUCUGCAUCCCCGAGGUGCACCCGGUGGGCUGGUGCGCUUCCAAUAGCAAACCCCUCGUACCUCCUAAAAGCAUACAGCACAAGUGCUCAAACUGGAAAGUUUUUCUUGUGAAGCGUCUCACUGGAGCAAAAACACUGCCACCUGACUUCAAUACCAAGGUACAUGAGAAUAUGCAGUUCCCCUUUAAGAAGCUGAUGCGGGUGGAGGUGGUGGAUAAGAACUACCUGUGCAGGACACGGGUGGCGCUGGUGGAGGAGGUGAUCGGAGGUCGCCUCCGGCUGGUCUACGAGGAGAGUCAGGACAACUCUGACGACUUCUGGUGCCACAUGUACAGCCCGCUCAUCCACAACAUCGGCUGGUCCCGGAGCAUCGGACACCGCUUUAAACGCUCAGAUUGUACGAAGAAGAGUGAGGGUCAAGUAGAUGCUCCUGAGAAGAUCUUCCAAAAGGUGAGAGACGUGGAACCGAGUGGGGACUGGUUCAAAGACGGGAUGAAGUUGGAAGCCAUCGACCCCCUCAACCUCUCAGCUAUAUGUGUAGCCACUGUAAGAAAGGUGCUGGCAGACGGGUACCUCAUGAUCGGCAUUGACGGCUCAGAGGCCGCGGAUGGAUCAGACUGGUUCUGCUACCACGCCACCUCCCCCUCUAUCUUCCCUGUUGGCUUCUGUGAAAUCAACAACAUUGAACUAACGCCUCCUAGAGGUUACACUAAACUGCCAUUUAAAUGGUUUGACUACCUCAGAGAAACCAACUCCAGGGCCGCCCCCGUCAGGCUCUUCAACAAGGAGGUUCCCAACCACGGUUUCAGGCAGGGCAUGAAGCUGGAGGCCGUCGACCUAAUGGAGCCCCGGUUGGUGUGUGUUGCCACGGUGACGAGGAUCGUGCACCGGCUGCUAAGGAUCCACUUUGACGGCUGGGAGGACGAGUAUGACCAAUGGGUGGACUGCGAGUCAGCCGACCUCUACCCGGUGGGCUGGUGUCAGCUGACGGGCUACCAGCUCCAGCCUCCAGCCGCGCAAAGUAACAGAGACAUGUCCAUGUCUGUACCCAAGCAGAAGAAAAAGGCCCAACAGUACAAAGGCCCAAAGAAGAAGAGGAAGAUUCCGGUUGGUCGGCGGCCCUUCAGUCAGGCAGGCAGGAGGAGGAGCAGCUUCUCAGGGGACGAAGAGCAGAGUCCACCCUCUUACCACCCCCAGGGGCCCACACGGCCCCGAACCCACCUCCACCAAACCCACAAAUCAGAGUCUCUCCUGCGGAUGAAGGAGGAGGCGGCGGAAGUGGACGAGUUUGCGUAUUCGCAGGGCACCUCAGACCAAGAGAGCAACGGCUCGGGCAGCUACUACAUCAAACAGGAGCCCUGAGGUCACACGGACGGCGAGGAGCAGCAGGAACCGAGACGAGAACACACCUCUGGGGAACCCCGACCAAGGAUCAGAAAUGUGAACUUUGACGCACCACCGCCACACGCUGCCGGUGCAGCGGUCACGGGGAGCGGAGGCCGGUCCGGGGUCCUGGGAGGAACAUCCCUCUAAGCCGCCGUCCAGCCUCGUAGCUGUGUGUGCACAUACUCGGAAAAACUUGGGAUGAUGGGGUUGGGAAGCACCCAGAGUCGGGCCUGGGUCACGGAUGUUUGGGCAUUCUCUUUGGUACCACCUUUGGUGUCGUCUGAAAACCGGAUGGAUGAAGCAGCUCUUCCCCCUGAGAGGAGAGUCGGGCUCGUGGACAUCGGCCCAUCCUGCCUCUCCCACCACGCGGCCCUCACACAGAGACCUGUAGAAAACUGUGAAAACCGUUUAUUGAGCCAGGUCUGGAGUUUUUUUUUAGUUUUUUUUUGGUUUUGUUUCAGUUUGUGUUCAGGUUAGAAAGCGAGCCACCGAACGGCCUGAAGAGAGCGCAGAGGGAGGAGCGGAGGGGUGUACAUUUUCAUCGUUUCCUUCGGAACCACAGCGACGCCAGGUGGACUUUUACUUUGUUAAUAGUACUUGAAGUUCUUUUGUAUUGACUUUGGGGUUGUUUCUGUCUAAAUGUUCUUCUGUUGCAUUUCUAUUUUUGGUGGAUGUGUGGGGAAACGUAAUGUGCAUUGUUCCAUAAAGUAAUUUUAUUCAUAUAGUAUGUGGAGACCUGUUGAGACAGAGCGACAACGUGUAGAUAUCACAGAUUUGAGAUUUACGAGAGCGAGGAGCCGUUUUUGUUCCCACAGCAGCAUUUAUUCCUGAUUCCGUCUUUACAGAACUAAAACCUCCACUUACGCUCGACGUCACCAACAUGCUCAUCUGGUGCAACGCUAAUUUAUUUAGCAGGUUUUUCGUCUUUCGACUUCCUGCCUUCAGAUAACUAAAGAUGUGACGGCGGAGUUCCUCCUCUGUGUUACGUUUAUUUAAUCCACUGACUUCUUUACCUUAGAUUUUUUUUUCCAGUCCUUGGCGCAGCUUUAAACGGCGGCACAUCUCAUCGAAGGUUUACAAAUCCACAAAAACACCAGCGCACAUUCCACAUUAUACACAGGCGUACAGUGCAGCACUCCGUACGGAGAAGAGGAUUGAAAACCUUCCUGCAGUCAAAGGAACAGUAAUGAUGAAGCUGUGGAAACAAGAAUACUGAAAAAAGAAAACAACGCUUAUUUUAGGGGAGUGUGGAGACGGAUAAGUGUGGCGAGACUGUGCGGAGCAGCAAACCUUUACUGGUAUGAUGGGGUUCAUUCACAUGGGAAGUUACGGCCCUGCGGUUCGGGUCCAGGUGACGCCACGGCAGGAACCAGCUCUUGUUUUUCAGGAGGUGUCGCUCUGUCAGCGGCGGCACGGUAGUCCGUAUUUUUGAUGGCUUUUGGACCACGUCUGCUGUAUUUAUAUCCAGAGGAGGACAAGCACUCGUUUAUUUCUCCUGGAGUCUUCAGCGAGCCGCCAACACGGUGCUCUGUUGUACUGUCACAUCCAACUGAAAGGAGGGGAUGUUUUACGACCCUGGGAUCAACCAGCCUGGCCACCCGUCCGGAUUACUUUAAUUAUCCUGGAUGUUGCAAUCGUGACAACCACCAACCUCUGGAAACCCUCAUCUCAAAUUUAACGUUAUUGACAACCGUAUCCAUUGUUAGAUUCCAUACAUUUCUCCCCACGACAUAUUUAAAUCAGAUUGUUGAGGGAGGCGGCCGUCCUGUGUCUAAAAACAGACGGACCGUGUUAGCAACAGUAACUACGGAGGGGCGGGGCUUACCCACAGGUGGGUCCUGCAGAUAUUGUGAUUGUUUUGAAUUGUGGCUCCUGUAUGAGUCAUCAAAUAAAGCCUGUUGUGAUCCGUUCGGUACGUUCUUACCAGUAAGGGGAUAAAAAAAAGAUAAAUAAAAUGUUGGGACCCAUUUAACAAGAGAGAAUUUCCCAGAUGUGGCUGGCCGGGUUCCCCGUGACUCUGACUGGGACAGAUGUGGGGAUAGAAGAAGAAGGAGAGGAAUCUAGUUUGGAAUAUAGUGGAACACUGUCGGCCGUGGCUCGCUGGAGACUCCACCAUCAGCAUGUGUAGCAUCAACCUUCCCUCAGCUGGAAGAAACUGGACUCCUGUCAUGUUUGGAGAACCUUCAUCAGUUAGACUCACAAUCAGACAGUUUCAUGUCCAGAAGUUGUUUUAUUUUAUGUUAUAUUGAACCUUUUUUUGUUGUUGUUGUUGAUAUGCGGAAACUUUUUUUUUUUUUUUUUUGUAAGGUCGUUCUCACGUUGGAGACACAUGUAUGCAAGUUUAAAGAUUCACCUGAGCCGCAGAAUGACAGAUGAAACAAAAACCAUGCACUGCUUUUCUUCGCCUCCGACGGCAGCACUCAUUUAAUACAAGUGGCAUAAAUACAUAUUUUAUAUAAAUAUAUUUACAUUUAAUUAUCUUUGAAAUCUAUUCCUCUGGGACUGAGAUUCUAUGGAGUUACAAAUCCUCAGUCAGAAAUAGAAAAUAUGACUUUAAUUCUUGGAGCUCAAUUUCUGCAGUUCACUACCUCCGGACGCUGGCGGCAUUUAGCUAAAAUAAGAGUGUGGAAUAGAUGAUGGCAGUGUGUUCGCAUAUGCAAAUAAAUAUUGAUAACUUAAAGGCACGCUAUGUAGAAACACUUUUUGAGCACAUGGGGGCAGCACUUCACAAGAAAGUUGUAAGAUAUGAUGACGUGCACCGCUGGUGCUGGAGCAGUACUUUUGUUUGCCCCCAUGUGUUCAGAGGUUACAUUACUACAUCGGGUGGCUUUAAAAAAGUAUCCACUUGAAGACUAGACACCAAAACAUGGAGAAAUUUUAUCACAGCACACGAGGUAGUCUUCUAAUUUGAAUGUUAUGCAAUAACAGAUCCCAUAUUAUUUUGCUAUUUUAAAUAAAAUGUAUCGCACUGCAAAUGUCAUGAUCACUACAUUAAUAUAAUGAACAGAUGAGAGAAUUUAACAGAAGGCAAAUGUAUAACUAUUGUAUUUUCUUUUCUUUUUUUCAUAUUGAAUUACUCACUGUGUUGAAACGCAGAGCAGACUUCAACUUCUCAGUGAUAACAGAUUUACGCUUUCGCUUUCUGCCAGCAAGGUUCACGGUUCAGUUCUCAGGAAGGUUCUCUUUUUCGUCACUGGGAUUUAUUCUUAAAGAUGAGCGAUAAUAAUUACAGUUUUGAGCUGUGACACUAAACCUCAAGGAUGAUUUGAAAGACACAAACGUUUUCCUUUGAGUGUCGAGAAUUGUUCAGUGUCUCUAAUCAAAUAAUAUGUUGAAAUGUUUAAUCUAAUUUUGAAAUUUACACAGACGAAAGUCUGGAAGAUUUAUUUACAAAUUGAGUAAUUUAACCUUAAAGGUAGGGUAAGCAGUUCUAAGCGAUUUCUGACCAAAGCUCCGCUGGUGGCCCUGCCUCCAUAAACUGGAAACAAACACAUAAACAAGGAAACAUUGUUCCAGCCAAUCCCUGAAAAGUAGGAGGGGCUUCUUUCUCUGAGUUCACAGAGAGAGGGGAGGAGCUAGCUCUCUGUUUUGUUUCAGAUAUCAACAGAUUUCAACAUCUACAAAUUGCUUACCCUGCCUUUUUAAGAAGAAAAUCAGAGAAAUUCAAUGUGUUUCCGCAAAUGUAAUCUUAUUAUUGUGGGAAAAUAAUUAGAGUUUUAGUUUUCAUGCAAACAGAAAAUAUUUCCAUGUAAAAUAACACAAAUAAGCUCCUUAUUAAAAUAAAAAAAUAUAUAAACAAGGUUUCCAGUGGGUGUUAAAUUGUAGUUGCAUUUUUCAGAGAAGUGACUCGGCUGCUUUAGACAAGAUUCCCAACGACAGCAGGACAAACAACAAAAAGGUCUUUGGUCGCGUAAUCAAUGUCUGUCGAACUUUUACAGUUUAAAUGAUGCAACAAAACAAGCUUGUUGUAUUUCUGGUUCAUGCCGCUUUUUGUAGCUUCUUUUUUUUUUACAUUUUCUGGCAGUUUCCUCCUGAUCAGAUUCAGCUUCUAACUUAAAAAUAGAAGAAAACAUGUGAAGUAGACAAGUGACAGAUUAUGGUCUUGCAUUUCUCUGAUGUUUGAGCACAGAAAAGCAUUUUAGUACUUUAUGACCAAACUGCAUUAAAAUCUUUAUACAAAAAUAGAGAUGAUGACUGUUUAUGGACUAACUCAGUGCUGCUACCCUCCUCUACGUGAACCUGAACUCUUCAGUCCAGUUUUUGGAGCUUCGGUUCAUAACUCCUUGUAGAUAAAACGUUCUCGCCUCGAUCCUUCAACGCUCCUUCCAACAUUGUUUGUGUCACUGGGCAGCAGGAGGCGGGAUUGAUCAGGUGAUCGCUUGUGUGCAUGUGAUAGAAGCGUCGUGUUGAGCUGCUGGGUUGUUGUUGUUAAAGGUUGUUUUUCAGUCUUUCUGCAUUUUAGCUGCGAUCAGGAGGGUAAAGAAGGCCAUUAAUGCCAAGAAUUACAAAAAAAUACAUUUACUUAAUGCAACUUUAAAAAAAAAAUCUAAAACUCUGACUUCAACUUUCUAACAGUUCUGAUAAAUAUUGACAUUUUGACCCAAAUUUUGCAUAUAAGUUUCAACAUGCUUUUUUUUUUUGCCAAAUUAAACCAUAUUGACUUUCUACCAUUUUGGCUGACUGAAUCAAAGUCACUUAUUUUUUAUAUAUUCUACAAUUUUCUUAAAUUUUGAUUGAACUUCCCCGUUUUGCGUCAAAACAAGUCCUUUGUGCCCUGCUUUUUUUGGGGAGGGGCAUCCAAUGGGUUUCCAUAAAUGCCUCACUUUUGGUUCUGAAAAGCAUGCUGGCGUUUUUUUUUUGUAAACCCUUUUUAACCCCUUGGAUACUAACACGGGUCUUUUGUAUGUGAUACUCCACCUACUUCUAUUAAACCAUUAUAUUGUGGUGCUAUAUACAUAUAUACAUAUAUAUUUGAUAAGAAUAACUUAUCGUAUUUGAAUUGUCUGAAAAUAAUCGUGAGUUGAGAACGUUAUGGUGCAAAAAUCUAUUUUGGAUACAAAGAAAAAAGGAAAAAAAAAAUCUGAUAGUAAUAAAUCUAUUGAUAUUAACACUGACCAUUGAGGUACAUUAGACUGCAGUUUCAAGUUUGUACUUUUUGACAGCGUAUAUCAGUUUCUUUAAUAUGGUAAAUUUGUGCUGUGAUCAAGCUUUGAUAGACUUUGUAAAUAAAGCCACAUGUUUUGAUCAUUCUGGUUGUAAUGGACGGCUUCAUUGUUUACAAGUGUGUUGCAAACAGUUUCCGCAUGGCUGUGAAAGUUUAUCUGGUGAUUUUUGUAAGAUCAGAAUUUUACACUGAAUAAAAAAAGC